UGGCGCGCCGCCUGACCCACUAGUUGGUCAGAAGGUUCAAAUCGGCGUUUCAUAGCGUAAUUUUCGAGUAGGCAGUAAUGGUCAUUUUUAUUGUGCUUUAACUGAAAUUUGAAGAAGAUCUUCUGAUGUCUUUUCCCUUCGUCAAAGGUACAUAAUACAUUUUUUUGUGUUUUUACCCCGGGAUAGCCCGCUAAUAUGACCCAUAGUAGGGAAUAAUAUUUAUUGAGUGCAAUUCGAUCUACAGUGCAUUUACACGACGAUAUGAAACGUUGUUUUGAACCUUCUGAUCUACUAGUAGGUCAGGCGGCGCCCCACUGUCUGAUUCAUAUUGUUUGAUUUCUGAUGAUAGUUGUCGAUUAUAUCGACGGAUUGCAAUUGUAUCGGGUGGAAUAUUAGGCCUGGGCUGAAAAUCAAUUUUUCCACAUUGUUUUUUUCCGGUUGCAGGACAAUUAACGAAGAGGCAACUCUAAUUAACUUUGAUCGUUUUAUUCAAAUUUUUACAUUGCAAAAAGUGACUAUUAUUGUUCAUGUCGGGAGAGGUACCGGAUACGGCUAAAUAAGUUGCGGAACAAAACAGUUCAAAAUGGAGAGGUUCCGGUUCAAAUUAAGCCCUGUUAUUGAAACUUGUCUACUAUUACGUGGGGGACUUUUAUUUUUAAAAUUCGCAAUUUCGUGUCCCGGAUGUACUUUUUUGUUUUGCUGACGAGUCGCUGAUCGAGGUGUCUCGUUGGAUAUAGAGACCGUGUGGUUUUAGGGAUAACAUUCCAGAAAUGAUAGGAGCACUUAGUUUGAAUCGAAUAAUAGACAGAAAGAAGGAGCAAAGCCUAUCGGUUUUACUGUCGUUUGAUGAAGUGGUUCUCCAAACGUAUGUAAAACCUGAAUAUGGGAUAUAUGCAGUGAGACCGCACUCACAGAAGCCGCUACAGUGUUACAAUUGUAAAAAGUUUGGAUACUUGGCAAGUGUUUGUCGAAGGAAUAAAUAUGUAGUAGUUGAAGAGUCAGAUGAAACAUGUUGUAAUUGUGAUGGGAAUCAUGUUCCAGAGUUCUCGGAGUGCCCUGUAAUGAUGGAGGUCGCAGUAACUAGGAUCAGGGCCAUCCAGCAGAUAUUAUAUGUAGAGGCAGUGAAAAUAGCUGGAGUGCGUAGAGAGUAGAUGGUAGUGGAUGUCCCACAGUCUGCAGUGAAUGCCAUGUAGGAGAAGGAUCCCCAAACACUAAUAGUGAAGAUGAAAUGUGUUGCGUUUGUAGCGCAAGUGAUACAUUUCAGAAGUCAAACUAACGAAAUCUAAGAAGCUAGACAUCAUUGUGAAGGCGGCAAAUAGAUUUAUGGAUCUCCAGGACUUUACAGACAAAAUGUUACAGGGAAUACUGAAUGAAGAGAUUCCCCCUCCCAUGUUCGUGAGCCUGUGUAGGGAUCUGAAUAUUUAAACCGACUGGAGCAGUUUUUUGUUUGAAAUUCAGGGUAGUAGCGUGAAUUUGGUUAGUGUUUUUGGUAAUAAUUAUGAAUUUGUAAAUCCAAAACAUAAUUUUCUUUGGGGGGUAUUUUUUUUUACUACCCCGUACAGUAGGUGGCGCAAUACACAUGUGUGUAGUCGGCCAAUAAACCUCGAAGAAGAUGCUGAUCAAGAAGCUAGUAUGAAUAAGCAAGACCUAGCAAGAAUAAUGCCGCCACUGUUUACAUUUUAGUGAUGCUACACUAAAUGCACAUGCUUCUAUACUUAUAUAUUAAAAAAAUUGUACAGUUCAUCCAUUAACAUAUUCGGAGGGGAUUUUUGUUCCCGAAAAUGGCAAAUUCCUUUGCCCUUCACACUCAACUAGCCUCCAUCAUGGAGGUUUUGGCCAACGCGGCCGUGGUUGAAAUCUGCGAGCUUGUUGACAAUGGCUAUGCGGUCCUGCAUUCGGAGAUAUCUCGAGGGCAGAAGGAGAAUGAAGCUUUGAGGAGGAAACUACGGCUGAUGGACCUGAAAGUGUCUCGUGCAAGUACUCUGAGAGCGGGAAUGGGAAGCUCCAUCCUCGCGCACAGUUGCUCUCGAGCUCACCAUGACAUGGAAUCGAAAAGAACAUCAAGCUGCGAUAUUCAAUGUCUGAGAGCAGUUGAUUCCCAGUUGGUCACCAGCCUUUUUAGGGGGGGAAAGUCUUUAGGUGACACUGGACAGACUACCACACAGAGAAAGCCUGCAGCAUUCAAUGAUAUAAAGCCCAAAUCACCUACCAUCAAAGAGGAGAGGGGGGAAGAAGCCUGGGAGAAUCAUGACCAACAAGAGCGACAGAGCACCGAAGCUUUAGAUCAUGUUGAUGGAGGGGAAAUGCAUUCCAGCAUCGACACAGAGGCUGCUCAACCAAUCAGUAAACAGGAGAACGACAUAUCUUGUAUGUGGGUGAGUGGUGAAACCGACAACUGCAUCCUCUUGCCAGAAUCAAUUAAAAACCUGAGUGUGAACAAAAUAUCUCAAAACCCACGAUUGGGAAAUGGUGAUGGAAUACCUGACAAUGUUGGCUUUGAUUGUAUGCUGUUUGAGUCCCCCAGACAACUUGGGACCUUUAGCACACAGGGUCAUGGGACUGAUCUUCCUGACUGCUCUUACUCUCGUGUGGAUGUGGUACCUAUUCACUCUGGUUCAGAGAAUGGUCUUCCCUAUGUGAUGAACAAGCUGAGUCGCUCCAUAACUGAGCACAAACAACCUGUAGGUUACAGAGACAAAAGACAGAUGGCGUCAUUGCCCUCAGAUGAGCCUCACAUGACUAUACGAAAAGGCAUGGAUACUGGAUCCAAUGCUUUGUUGAUGAAGGAUGGUUGGGUCACCCAUGACCGUCAUAAUAACAACGCUGCAAGUUACACCACUGACGGCACAGCAGGUAAGCUGUUCAUUUGUAGUUUAUGUGGUAAGACUUUGGCUUGUCUGCAGACCCUCAAGACACACCUGAGGGUUCACACCGGGGAGAAGCCAUUCAGCUGCAUGCAGUGUGGGAAGUGCUUCUCUGAUUCCAGUAACUUCAAGCGACACCAGAGCGUUCACACGGGGGAGAGACGCUACGGCUGCAGCCACUGCGGCAAGCGCUUUGCCCAGUCAGGCUCACUCAAAGACCACCUGAAGGUACACACAGGAUGCAAGCAGUUCAGAUGCUCACAGUGUGGAAAGACUUUCAUAUCGGCCAAUCACCUCAAGAGACACAUUAUUGUCCACAAUGGAGAAAGACUUUUACCAACAACUUUUCAAUGAAUGAAAGCAUGCCGAAACAUGCUUUACCCCAGCUUGAACAAAAAAGGAAUCUGGUGCUCGACUGAGGGACUAGAUAAUCCAAAAAGUAUUCCAUACACUUUUUAAUGAGUGUUUUUGUAACUACAGUACCAGUCAAAAUUUUGGACACACCUACUCAUUCAAGGGUUUUUCUUUAUUUGUACUAUUUUUUGCAUUUAUAGAAUAAUAGUGUAGACAUCAAAACUGACGUAACACAUAUGGAAAAAACAAAAAUGUUUUAAAAUAAUCCAAAUGUAUUUGAGAUUGUUCAAAGUAGCCACCCUUUGCCUUGAUGACAGCUUUGCACACUCUUGGGAUUCUCUCAACCAGCUUCAACUGGAAUGCUUUUCCAACAGUCUUGAAGGAGUUCACACACAUGCUGAGCACUUGUUAGUUGCUUUUCCUUCACUCUGCGGUCCAACUCAUCUCAAACCAUCUCAAUUGGUUUGAGGUCGGUUGAUUGUGGAGGCCAGGUCAUCUGAUGCAGCACACCAUCACUCUCCUUCUUGGUCAAAUAGCCCUUACCUAGCCUGGAGGUAUGUUGGGUCAUUGUCCUGUUGAAAAACAAACGAUAAUCCCACUAAGAGCAAACCAGAUGUGAUGACAUAUCGCUUCAGAAUGCUGUGGUAGCCAUUAAGUGUGCUUUGAAUUCUAAAUAAAUCACUGACAGUGUCACCAGCAAAGCACCAUCACACCUCCUCCUCCAUGCUUCACGGUGGGAACCACACAUGCAGAGAUCGUCUGUUCACCUACUCUGUCUCUCACAAAGACACUGCGGUUAGAACCAAAAAUCUCAAAGGACAGAUUUCCACCGUCUCUUCUUCUUGUUGGUGUCCUUUAGUAUUGGUUUCUUUGCAGCAGUUGGGUCUUCCUUUCCUAUGGCGGUCCUCAUGAGAGCCAGUUUCAUCAUAGUGCUUGGUAGUUUUUGCGACUGCACUUGAAGAUACUUUCAAAGUUCUUAAUUUUACAGAUUGAUUGACCUUCAUGUCAUAAAGUAACAAUGGACUGCCGUUUCUCUUUGCUUAUUUGAGUUGUUCUUGCCAUAAUAUGGACUUGGUCUUUUACCAAAUAGGACUAUCUUCUGUAUACCACCCCUACCUUGUCGCAACACAACUGUUUGGCUCAAACGCAUUAAGAAGGAAAGAAAUUCCACAAAUUAACUUUUAAGAAGGCACACCUGUUAAUUAAAAUGCAUUACAGGUGACUACCUCAUGAAGCUGGUUGAGAGAAUGCCAAGAGUGUGCAAAGCUGUCAAGGCAAAGAGUGGCUACUUUGUAGAAUCUCAAAUUUAACAUUGAUUUAACACUUUUUUUGGUUACUACAUGAUUCAAUAUGUGUUAUUUCAUAGUUUUGAUGUCUUCACUAUUAUUCUAUAAUGUAAACAAAUUAAAAUAAAGCAAGACCCACUUUUGACUGGUACUGUAUAUCAUUUAAGUUUAGUCACUCAUCCUCUGUACAUGAAGUGCCUCAGUUUUAGUGGAAAAACCUCUAAAAGGUUUGGGGUCACUUCCCCACUUCCUUGUUUUUGAAAGAAAAGCAAAUGUUUUUGGUCCAUUUUAAAAUAACUUCAAAUUGAUCAGAAAUACAGUGUAGACAUUGUUAAUGUUAUAAAUGACUAUUGUAGCUGGAAACGGCUGAUUUUUUUAUUGGAAUAUCUACAGAGGCCCUUUUUCAGCAACCAUCACUCCUGUGUGUUAGCACGUUGUGUUAACUAAUCCAAGUUUAUAAUUUUAAAAGGCUAAUUGAUCAUUAGAAAACCAUUUUGCAAUUAUUUUAGCACAGCUGAAAACCGUGGUGCUGAUUAAAGAAAUACAACUGUCCUUUAGACUGGCAGCUUCAUUAAAUAGUACCUGCAAAACACCAGUCUCAACGUCAACAGUGAAGAGCCGACUCCGCAGUAUUGCAAAGAAAAAGCCAUAUCUCAGACCGGCCAAUAAAAAUAAAGAUUAAGAUGGGCAAAAGAACACACACUGGACAGAGGAACUCUGCCUAGAAGGCCAGCAUCCCGGAGUCGCCUCUUCACUGUUGACGUUGAGACUGGUGUUUUGCGGGUACUACAUAAUGAAGCUGCCAGUUGAGGACUUGUGAGGCGUCUGUUUCUCAAACUAGACACUAAUGUACUUGUCCUCUUGCUCAGUUGUGCACCGGGCCUCCCACUCCUCUUUCUAUUCUCGUUAGAGCCAGUUUGCGCUGUUCUGUGACGGGAGUAGUACAGAGCGUUGUAUGAGAUCUUCAGUUUAUUGGCAAUUUCUCGCAUGGAAUAGCCUUAAUUUUUCAGAACAAGAAUAGACUGAUGAGUUUCAGAAGAAAGUACUUUUUUUCUGGCAAUUUUGAGUGUGUAAUCAAACCCGCAAAUGCUGAUGCUCCAGGUACUCAACUAGUCUAAAGAAGGACAGAUUUAUUGCUUUUUUAAUCAACACAACAGUUUUCAGCUGUGCUAACGUAAUUGCGAAAGGGUUUUCUAAUGAUCAAUUAGCCUUUUAAAAUGAUAAACUUGGAUUAACUAACACAACGUGCCAUUAGAACACAGGAGUGAUGGUUGCUGAUAAUGGGCCUCUGUACGCCCAUGUAGAUAUUCCAUAAAAAAUCUGCCGUUUCCAGCUACAAUAGUGAUUUACAACAUUAACAAUGUUUACACUGUAUUUCUGAUCAAUUUGAUGUCAUUUUAAUGGACAAAACAGUUGCUUUACUUUCAAAAACAAGGACAUUUAUAAGUGACCCCAAACUUUUGAACUUUGUGUGUGUAUAUAAGUGGUUUUUGGAUGCAUAAGUGGUGUUGUCAAACAAAUAACUAUUUCAUGGUGGGAAUUUUGUAAAAAUACUGUUUUAGUUGUUGAUUUGACAGUAAUAAGAGUUGUGUGUAGUCAUGAUUUAACAGGGUUCCUAAAGAGCCAGUCAUAUUGAUUGAAUGGAUGAUACACAUGCUCACUGCUACAUCAGUGAUUCUCUACUCCUAGUACAGAAAUACUGUUCAGUGGUUUGAAAACUGAAUACAGAUGACAUGGGUCAUUCAUGUUGCUACACAUUUUUUAUUUAAAAGAAAAUACCUUUCAUGGUCACAUACACUCACAUUAUAAAUGACCGUCCAUAGAUCCUAAAAAUGCACUGCAAAUAAUGAAUCUUGAAAAGGUCGCAUAUUUGGACCACUAUAAAAAUACAUUACAUUAACUAUUCAAAGAAUAAUAUAGUUGUACAAGCCAAUUUGGUUUAAUUAACUAUUUUCAAAUCUGUUAGAUAAUAUUUAAGAUUUUAUUUGACAAUGCUUGCGAUAUAGCUCAUUAAAUGUUAAAGAAUAUAAAAACAUAUUGUACAACAGACAUUGAUUAUUUUGAAUUACAUGUAUUUUUUAUAACGCAUUAAAAUCAAACCGGAGUGAGUGCAAAAGACAAACAUGCAUACAACAAGUACUGUACCACACAUUUUCCACAUUUAGAAACUGGUUGAGUGUAUUGGUUGAGCAAUUUUAAUAUUAUGAUUGAAAUAAUGUACACGUCAAACUGGUUUAUGUAAAGGUACUGGAAGAGUGGUCUUAUAAAGUACAUUCAGUAUAUGGGUCAUUCUACGAAAAUGGUGGCUUUCCUGUAUUAUUCACCAGGAAAAAGUGAGAUAAUGACACAAUGUUUUGUUUUAAUUGAGUGUUUUAUUAUUAAUAAAACAUAUGUAAGACAGUUAUAUUGCAAACAAUUGUUAUGUAUUGUAGAGCACAAUCAGUGCAAUGAAAUUGGCUUGUCCCUCGGGUCAGGAGUCAUGGUUUAGUGACAUAUUUUGAGUGUCACGCCCUGACCUUAGAGAUCCUUUUUUUAUGUCUCUAUUUUGGUUUGGUCAGGGUGUGAGUUGGGGUGGGUAUUCUAUGUUGUGUAUUUCUUUGUGUUUGGCCGGGUGUGGUUCUCAAUCAGAGGCAGCUGUCUAUCGUUGUCUCUGAUUGAGAACCAUAAUUAGGUAGCCUUUUUUCCCACCUUUCUUUGUGGAAAGUUGACUUUGUUUAGGGCACAUAGCCUUUGAGCUUCACGGUUUGUUUUUGUAGUGUUAAUUCUUUUGUUCGGCGUCAUUUUGAUUUAAUAAAGAAAAUUCACGCUCA